AUGGCAUGCAAUGACAGCAGGCUGUUUAGACUUGGAGGGCAAGAAAUAAGUAGGAACCCUCCUCUGCCUCUCACUCUCAGGAAUCCUCCUCGCCGUCUCUGCACUGUUCACUGUUCCCACAGCAACCAUAGCCUUCCCUACCCUCCUUCUCUUUCCAUAAUCAAAUCCACAAGCAAACUCUUCUCUGCAAUCUCCAACUCUCUCCCCAAUAUCAUGUCUUUUCUCACCUCUGAUUCCACCAAGAUGGAAGGGAGUGACUUUACAGAGGAAGUUACUGAAGCAACUGAAAUCUAUAUCAACGCCAUUGGAAAAAAGAAGAUUUUUGUGGCCGGUGCCACUGGAAGUACCGGCAAAAGAAUUGUUGAGCGGCUACUGGCUAAAGGUUUUCGAGUUAAAGCUGGAGUUCGAGACUUGGACAAAGCCAAAACUAGCCUUCCCCAAGACAACCCAGCUCUUCAAAUUGUGAAAGCUGAUGUGACAGAGGGUUCUGCCAAGCUAGCAGAUGCAAUAAGUGACGAUUCAGAAGCAGUAAUUUGUGCCACGGGAUGUCGCUCUGGAUGGGAUUUGUAUGCUCCAUGGAAGGUUGAUAAUUUGGGCACCGUCAACCUUGUAGAUGCGUGCCGGAAACUUGGUGUGAAAAGGUUUAUCCUUGUGAGUUCCCUUUUAGUCAAUGGAGCAGCAAUGGGGCAGAUACUCAACCCAGCUUACAUCUUUCUUAAUGUUUUUGGACUGACCUUAAUUGCAAAGCUUCGGGCAGAGGAUUAUAUUAGGGAGUCUGGUAUGAACUAUACGAUUAUAAGGCCUGGUGGGUUGAGAAAUGAGCCUCCAACAGGAAAUCUUGUGAUGGAGCCAGAGGACACUCUCUACGAAGGCACAAUCUCAAGAGAUCAGGUUGCAGAAGUAGCUAUUGAAGCGUUAGUUCGUCCCCAAGCAUCUUACAAGGUUGUAGAGAUAGUUGCACGUGCCAAUGCCCCCAAGCGUUCAUAUGGGGAUCUUUUUAGUUCUAUCACGCAACGGUGA